CCCCGCCGUUUGCAAUCGUAGUAGUCGCUGGUACGCUUCCGAGCAGUGCGGUAGCAGUUGACCGUUUCGUCCUUUUCGUUUUUUCUUCUUGUCCCGGGCAGUAAAAGUGCGACGAACGCGAGCGCGUGUAGUGCUGCAACGGCCGCGUGACAGUUUGGUAUCGGUUUGUGUCGACUUGUUUGGUUUAACGGAUCUAGCGAAGGUUAAUUUUCAAGUGAUUUAUCGUGAUAGAGCUCCGACGGCACGCAGUGCUUAUUAGAGCAAGUGUGAAGAGUAAACGGAGUGCCCCGAAUUUCAAUCAUUGUUGAAACGCAUUUCGGACGCAACCAUGCAGUAGCAGCCCCCAAAGGAUCGUUGCUCGUUUCGUUCGGGACCGGGGAACGCCUAGAAUGAUCAGUACGGAUCGGCACGUGCCGGAUCUGACACUGACCACCAGCCGGAUCCUUCGAUCGUUCGAGCGCGUUGCGCACCGUGCCCGCCCGUGCCCGUCCGUUCCUCGCCGCGCCAGUCGCCGCACCGGCAGCACAAGAUGAGUGACAAGCUAACCGGUGGGCGGUACAACCGUAUCAGCCCAUCCUCGGGCCGGGGGUCCAUUAUCGCCUACUCGCCACUGCCGAAGUCGGAGCAGGACUGCCUGCAGGCGCCCGGGAACAACUGUCUCGCGAUACCGCUGUCCGCGAUACAGACGACGGCCGACCAUGCCAGCGCCCACGGGCUCCACCAUCCGAUCAAUCUGGCCCAUGCCAACUCGCUGCCGGUGGUCGGCGGUAUGGCGGGCAAGCUGCCGAACGCCGGGCACGGUAUGGUGGCGCACGGGGACGCCCAGAAACAUGCGGCCAGCCAGCAACAGAGCCACCACCACCACAACAACAACAUUAACAACAACCACAACAGUAACCACAACAAUGGGAACAAUAACAACAACAAUGCGAACCACAAUUCCAGCGGAAAGCGCUUUAUUAUCGUCAGUGACAUCAAGAAAACAGUAAGCUUCGGCGGGCAGCCGGGCAGCGGUGGGUUCGUCAGCUCCCGCAGUGAACCGAUCUCGCUGGCAACGCUGGAUAAGGACUGCUUCAUCAUUCCGGUCCACAGCCUGGACCGCUUCCUGCCGGCAGGAAUUCCGCAACUACCGACGCCGGAAACGGCCGACCCGUCCCAGGUCGGGCCGCUCAGCGUGCUCGAGGUGUCCGAUCCAAAGAUCUGCAUCCUAGCCCACCUAAUGAGCCCGCUGGAACCGAUCGAUCCACUGCUGGAGUCGCCCCUAGCCCACCCGCUCAUGAAACAGCGUGCCGUCGCGUCCGAGCUGCUGAACGAGGUCCAGCAGGGCAACAAUGCCGUCGGCGGAAUGCUGCUCGCCAACAUGGAGCGAAGUUCCGCCGAAUUUCCCUUCAUCGCUUACUAUGUGAUAAACACCACCCAAACCGAUCCCGCCAUGUUCUACACGGGUGUGCGCGGCGCUUCGCUGUCCAAGUUUGAGCCGAAAAACACGCGCUACACCGCAGCCCACACGCUCGACCUGUACAGUGAGGUGGCGUCCAUCUGCCGGCCUCCGCUAGCGCUCGCCCCGAACGAGAUUGGCAGCGUGAAGAAGGGCCAAACGCCCUCCACCGGGUACAUCAUUAGUGUCUACAAGGUGUACGAAGGUGAUGAUGGAGAACGCUUCGAGCGUAACUGGCUGUACUGGACCGGUGCCAGGAUGAUUUACAGGUACCUUCCUAAAACGGCCGGCCUGCGGAGAAUAACGCUCCACAAAAGUGUAUCGUCGCGCGGCGACAAGAUGUAUCUGCUGCUUUGCGAAUGUGCCGACCUGCUCAAGGAUCUGUCGGCGGCUGCCCUGCUAAUACCGGCCCUUCGCGCACGGUUAUGUGGCUACACGGGACUGUACCGGCCAAUUCAAACCUUCUGAAGCCUCCGCGAUCGUUUCCAUCCAAUCGGCAAACUACUUUUCCGCGCUCUGAUAACUUCUACUGACACACGCCUGCCAAUCGAACGUGUUGCGCUUGUCCAACAGAAGAAGAAAAAACAACAAAUCCCACAAAACCAUAGGCGCAAAAAAGCAACACAAAAAAUGCAAAAAUGGUUGUGUAAUUGUGUAAGCAUCAAUACAGUAGGGUAAGUAAAAUUUCACUCGCCACAGAGCCUGCACACGGCUCAAUCUUAUCUUCUCCUGAAAGUGCUGAGUAAACUCGAAUAACGAGUUGCGGCACCAGAGCACACGAUAGAUGGCGCAUCGACAGUAGCUGUGUGUCCUUUACAUCAAACAAUUCAAUUUAUCGAAUGAUUAGUACUUAAUAAUUUAAUGGAAAAAAAAGCAACAACCAUCACGUCUCUAGUGAUUUUGGAAUAUGCGCGAAAGUUAUAGAUAAAAACAAAACAAAACUCACGCCACACAAAUAAUAUUGCGCUUGAAGGGAAUAGAUAUAUUGUACAAAUAGGGUGCAGUAGAAGACCAAAAACCAAACCACUGUGGUAACGCAGUCUGGUUGCCUACUCUCAGGCGUUUAAGAACAACAGACAAACAGACAAACAGCAAAACUUCUACUGCAUAACACUUAAGUCACUACGCCGUGCCAGUAGCAUAUGAGUAUAGUUAAAACAGUCACAGGCCGUCGUGGUGUCGUAGAUGGAGGAAGCGGCCAUACACCAUACUGCCAACGUUGGCCCUGGAGACCGUGUUAGUAAUAUUCGUUUGAUAUGAAGGAUAAGUUUCACCACACCAAAACCACUCAACUGCAAGCGGUAGUUGAAUUAUCGAUGCGCCAAAAUACUUACAAAACUUACGCAGACC